UCCUCCUCCUCCUCUACCUCCACCAGCAGCUGGAGCACAGCGUGGUUUCGUAACGCGCCGGUGCAGCGCGGAGGAAACCUUCAUUUUUUUCUCCUUUUUUCAACUGUUGUUGGUCGAGGAUGCGGAUUGAUAUGAGGGACGUUAUCAGCGUCACCUGGGAUUUUUAACCGUUACAUUUUCAGCUAGCAUAGCUGCGCGCGUGCCAAGAAAAAAAAAUAAAGCGUUUUUUUCAUGUCUACCAAAAGAUUAAAUUUAGUUAAAAUAUAUUUUCGACUACAUUUGUGCCCAAAGAAAGAGAAAUAAAAGAUUUUUUUUUUUCUUAACCUGACACCAUGAGCACAAUUUCGCCCACGGACUUCGACAGCUUGGAGAUCCAGCAGCAGUAUAAUGACAUCAAUAACCGCUGGGACCUGGCGGCGGAGACCGACUGGGAUAACGAGAACAGUUCGGCGCGUCUGUUUGAACGUUCCCGCAUUAAAGCUCUUGCAGAUGAGCGUGAAGCAGUACAGAAAAAAACCUUCACAAAAUGGGUAAACUCCCACCUAGGCCGAGUGACUUGUCGCAUCGGUGACUUGUACACAGACCUGCGAGAUGGCCGGAUGCUAAUCCGCCUGCUGGAAGUUCUCUCAGGAGAACAGCUGCCAAAACCCACUAAGGGCCGCAUGCGUAUCCACUGCCUGGAAAAUGUAGAUAAAGCCCUGCAAUUUCUCAAAGAGCAAAAGGUCCAUCUAGAAAACAUGGGGUCACAUGAUAUUGUGGAUGGAAACCACCGCCUGACCCUCGGCCUCAUCUGGACCAUCAUUCUUCGCUUUCAGAUCCAAGACAUUAGUGUUGAGACAGAAGACAACAAGGAGAAGAAAUCAGCUAAAGAUGCUCUGUUGCUUUGGUGCCAAAUGAAAACUGCUGGAUAUCCCAAUGUCAACAUCCAUAACUUUACCACCAGUUGGAGAGACGGACUUGCGUUCAAUGCCAUCGUGCACAAACACAGACCUGAUGUGAUAGAGUUUGAUAACUUAAAAAGAUCCAACGCUCAUUAUAAUCUUCAAAAUGCCUUCAAUGUGGCUGAGAAAGAAUUGGGGCUUACAAAGCUGUUGGAUCCUGAAGAUGUUAACGUUGAUCAGCCUGAUGAAAAGUCCAUCAUCACGUAUGUGGCAACUUACUACCAUUACUUCUCCAAGAUGAAAGCUCUGGCAGUGGAAGGCAAACGAAUUGGCAAGGUGCUCGACUACGCUAUUGAGGCUGACCAGCUGAUAGAUAAGUAUGAGACUCUGGCAUCGGAGCUGCUGCAGUGGAUCGAGCAGACCAUAGGGACACUCAAUGACCGGCAGCUAGCAAACUCACUGAAUGCUGUUCAGAACCAGCUUCAGGCUUUCAACUCCUACAGAACGGUAGAGAAACCCCCAAAAUUUACGGAGAAAGGGAACUUGGAAGUUCUCCUCUUUACGAUUCAAAGCAAGAUGAGGGCAAACAAUCAAAAAGUUUACGUGCCAAAGGAGGGAAAGCUCAUCUCUGACAUCAACAAGGCAUGGGAAAGACUUGAGAAGGCCGAGCAUGAACGGGAGCUGGCCCUGAGGAAUGAGCUGAUUCGCCAGGAGAAGCUGGAGAUGCUGGCCGCCCGCUUCGACCGGAAAGCUGCUAUGCGAGAAACGUGGCUGAGUGAGAACCAGAGACUGGUUUCUCAGGAUAAUUUUGGAACAGAUUUGGGCGCGGUGGAAGCUGCCACUCGUAAACAUGAGGCCAUCGAGACAGAUAUUAAUGCAUAUUUGGAGCGUGUGGUGGCUGUGGAAGAUGUGGCUAAAGAGCUAGAAGCAGAGGGUUACCAUGAUGUGCGGCGAGUACUUGCACGCAGAGAUAACGUGCUCCGGCUUUGGGAAUACCUAAAAGAGCUUUUGGCUGCACGCAGAGAGCGUUUGACCGCUCAUCGCGACCUGCAAAGACUGUUUCAGGAGAUGCGCUACAUCACGGACUGGAUGAAAGAUGAACAGGGGCGUUUGCAAUCUCAAGACACUGGUAAACAUUUGCAUGAUGUGUUAGACCUUCUCCAAAAACACAAUCUGGUAGAAGCCGACAUAUCAGCUCAGGCAGAGAGGAUCAAGGGAGUGCAGGCAGCCGCAAAGCCAUUCACCUCUUAUGAACAGGCCUACAAGCCUUGUGAGCCUGGACUAGUUGAUGAGAAGGUUGAGCGGCUGGGUCAAGCCUAUGAGGAACUCGGUCAGCUUGCUUCAGCACGCAGGGAACGCCUGGAAGAUUCGCGGCGCCUGUGGCAGUUUCUGUGGGAUCUGGGAGAGGAAGCCGCCUGGAUCAGAGAGCAGGAGCAGAUCCUAGCCAGUGGAGACUGUGGCCGGGACCUGACUUCCGCCCUGCAUCUGCUCAGCAAACAUGAGGCUUUCAGGGAUGAGAUGGCAGCCCGCUUUAUGCCCCUCAACAACAGCAUUGCUGCAGGAGAAGCUCUGAUUAACGAGGGACACUUUGGAGCCCCAGAGGUCACCGAGAGGAUUCAAGAUGUCCGUGCACAGUGGGCUCAUCUUGAGGAAACAACCAAGCUCAGAGAGCAGAGCCUCAAGGAAGCGGUGGCCUUGCACCAGUUUCAAACUGAUGCUAAUGACAUGGAGGCCUGGAUUAUGGAGACUCUCAGACAGCUGUCCAGUCCAGAGUUGGGACACGAUGAGUUCUCCACCCAAACACUUGCUCGCAAACAGAGAGAAAUAGAUGAGGAGAUCCAAAGCCACCGCCCGCUCAUCAACGCUCUGCAUGAACAAGCUCAAGCUCUGCCUGAGGCCUAUGUGAGCCACCCUCAGGUUGACGGUCGCCUUCCUUCCAUUGAAGAACGCUAUAAGGAACUGGAAUCUCUGUCAGCGGCCCGGCGCCAGGCCCUGGAUGGUGCCCUGUCCCUCUACCAAAUGUUCAGCGAAGCUGACGCCUGCCUGCUCUGGGUGGAGGAGAAGGAGCAGUGGUUAGACGGCAUGGAGAUCCCCACCAAACUGGAGGACUUGGAGGUUGUACAGCAGAGAUUUGAGAGUCUUGAACCGGAGAUGAACAACUUAGGUGCUCGUGUCACGCAUGUGAAUGAUGUGGCAGAGCAGCUACUGAAUUCUGAGAACUGUCGCCAAGACCAGAUCCACCAGACUAAAGACCAGCUGAACAACAGAUGGGCGGAGUUUGAUCAACUGGCUGGUCAGAAGAAACAGGCCCUAGAGUCUGCUCUGAACAUCCAGAACUACCAUCUUGAGUGUAAUGAGAUCCAAUCCUGGAUGAAGGAGAAGACUAAAGUGAUUGAGUCUACUCAGAGUUUGGGCAAUGACUUGGCUGGAGUAAUGGCACUGCAGCGGAAGCUUACUGGCAUGGAGAGAGACCUGGAAGCUAUUCAGGGUAAACUUGAUGACCUGAGAAGUGAGGCAGAGAAGCUUGCCAGUGAGCAUCCCGAUCAGGCGGAAGAGAUCCAGGGACGGCUGGCUGAGAUCCAGGAGGUGUGGGAGGAGCUCAACGCCACCAUGAAACGGAGGGAAGAAUCUCUAGGAGAAGCCAGCAAACUUCAGGGCUUCCUCCGAGACCUCGAUGAUUUCCAGUCCUGGCUGUCGCGUACGCAGACGGCCGUGGCCUCAGAAGACAUUCCCACGUCACUGCCCGAGGCGGAGAGUUUGCUCGCCCAACACGAGAGCAUCAAGAACGAAGUUGACAACUAUAAGGAGGACUAUGAGAAGAUGCGUGCCGUUGGCGAGGAGGUCACUCAGGGUCAGACAGAUGCCCAGCACAUGUUCUUGGCUCAGAGGCUCCAGGCGUUGGACACUGGUUGGCAUGAGUUACGGCGCAUGUGGGAGAACCGCCACAGCCUGCUGGCUCAAGCCUUUGACUUCCAGAAUUUCCUGAGAGAUGCAAAGCAGGCAGAAGCUUUCCUGAACAGCCAGGAGUAUGUUCUCUACCACACAGAGAUGCCCACCAACCUUCAAGCAGCUGAAGAAGCCAUUAAGAAGCAUGAGGAUUUCCUCACUACCACAGAGGCCAGCGAGGAGAAGAUUAAUAGUGUAGUGGAUUCUGGACGGCGCCUCAUUAAUGACUCUAAUGCAAACUCUGAUAAGAUUCAAGAAAAAGUGGAUUCAAUCCAGGAAAGGCAUAAUAAGAAUAAGGAAGCUGCAAAAGAGCUGCUGACGAAGCUUAAGGACAACCGUGAACUUCAGCACUUCCUCCAGGAUGGACAAGAGCUCACAUUGUGGAUCAACGAGAAGAUGCUGACAGCACAGGAUAUGUCUUAUGAUGAGGCCAGGAAUCUGCACAGCAAGUGGCAGAAACACCAAGCCUUCAUGGCAGAGCUGGCAUCCAACAAAGAUUGGCUGGAUAAGAUCGAUAAGGAGGGUCAGGCGCUGGUGGUGGAGAAGCCUGAACUGAAACCUGUGGUCCAGCAGACCCUGGAGGACCUGCAGCGUCAGUGGGAGGAGCUAGAGGGCACGACCCGCACCAAGGCUCAGUGCUUGUUUGAUGCCAACAGGGCGGAGCUUUUUACACAGAGCUGCUCCGCUCUUGACGUGUGGCUGAAAAACCUUGAGAGCCAGCUUCACAGUGAUGACUAUGGAAAAGAUUUAACCAGUGUCAACAUCCUUCUUAAGAAACAACAGAUGCUGGAGCAUCAGAUGGAGGUCAGAGAGAAGGAGGUGCAGUCACUGCAGGCUCAGGCUCUCGCUCUGUCCCAGGAGGAUGCUGGGCUGACAGAAAUCGACGGUCAGCAGAGACAAGUCACUGACAGCUUCUCAAACCUUCAGCAGCCUCUGCAGCUCAGGAAACAGAAGCUACUCACCUCCAAAGAGGCCCAUCAGUUCAACAGAGACCUGGAAGAUGAAAUACUGUGGAUCACAGAGCGGAUGCCCUUGGCAACUUCUACAGAGCAUGGAAAAGACCUUCCUACUGUUCAGCUGCUGAUCAAGAAGAAUCAGACGCUGCAGAAGGAGAUCCAAGGCCAUCAGCCUCGCAUCGAUGACAUCCUCAAACGAGCCGAGACUCAGAGCCAGGUUGAUGGGGAGAGACAGGCUCUUCUGGAGGAGCGGCUUGCAGAGCUGAGGGAUCUGUGGGACCAGCUGAUUUCAGAGACGGACAACCGCAACACACGUUUGCUAGAGGCCAGGCGGGCACAGCAGUUCUAUGCUGACGCUGCUGAGGCAGAAGCCUGGAUGGGAGAGCAAGAGCUGCACAUGAUGUCAGAGGAAAAGGCCAAGGAUGAACAAAGCGCUCUCGUCAUGGUGAAGAAGCACCAGAUCCUGGAACAAACCCUGGAAGACUACGCCCAAACGAUCCACCAGCUGGCCAACAGCAGUCGCCUCAUGGUCACAAAUGAACACCCGGAGAGUGAGAGAAUCACCCUACGACAAGCUCAGGUGGACAAGCUCUAUGCAGGUCUGAAGGACCUUGCAGAGGAGCGGCGUGGACGGCUCCAGGAAAGGCUGCGGCUCACCCAACUCAAGCGUGAGGUCGAUGACCUGGAACAGUGGAUUGCUGAGAGGGAGGUGGUUGCUGGCUCCCACGAGCUGGGACAGGACUAUGAACAUGUCUCUAUGCUGAGGGACAAGUUCCGUGAGUUUGCUCGUGACACCAGCACUAUUGGCCAAGAACGUGUGGAUGGCGUAAAUGCAUUAGCAGAUGACCUCAUCGAAUCUGGCCACCCGGAGAACGCCAGUGUGGCCGAGUGGAAGGACGGCUUAAACGAGGCCUGGGCCGACCUGCUGGAGCUCAUAGACACACGCACGCAAAUGCUGGCAGCCUCCUACGAGCUGCACCGGUUCCACCAAGACGCCAUGGAGGUGCUGGGACGUGUGAAGGAGAAGCGCGAGACUCUUCCUGCAGACCUCGGUCGUGACCUGAACACCGUCAAGCAUCUACACAGACAACACCAAACUUUAGAAAAUGACAUCCAGGCCCUCAGCUGGCAGGUGAACCAGGUGCAGGAUGAUGCUGCGAGGCUGCAGAAAGCCUAUGCUGGUGAGAAAGCAGAUGACAUUCACAGGAGUGAGCACGCUGUGAGCUCCGCCUGGGAGGCUCUGCAGGAGGCGUGUCAGGCCCGCAGGCUCCUGCUGCAGGACACUGUGGAGAAGUUCCGUUUCCUCAACGCGGUGCGAGAUCUCAUGCUCUGGAUGGACGGUGUUAACCUGCAGAUCGAUGCACACGACAGCCCCAGGGACGUCUCCUCUGCAGAGUUGGUCAUUGCUAAUCAUCAAGAUAUAAAAUCAGAGAUCGAUACCAGAGCAGACAGCUUCACUGCCAGUAUUGAUAUGGGAAAUGCCCUAAUCAACAAAAGUCAUUAUGCAGCUGAUGAGAUCCGAGAGAAACUCACUCAGCUGCAGGAAAGGAGGGAUGAGAUCAACAAGAAGUGGCAGGACAAGAUGAAUCAUUUACAAAUAGUGUUGGAGGUGCUGCAGUUUGGGCGGGAUGCAUCUGUGGCAGAGUCGUGGCUGGCAGGUCAGGAGCCUCUCGUGCGCGCUGCUGAACUGGGCACAAAUGUAGAUGAAGUCGAAAGCCUCAUCAAACGCCACGAAGCCUUUGAGAAGCUGGCGACAGCUUGGGAGGAACGCUUUCUGCUGCUGGAGAAACUCACAACACUCGAGGAGCAGGAGUUACAGAGGAGGCGAGAGGAAGAAGAGAGAGCUCGAAGGCCCCCCACACCCCCACCAGCGGAGGAGGUGACACCAUCUAAAGCAGAAACUCAGGCAAAUGAUUCUGAAGCCAGAACCAGUUUGGACCAAACUACACUUAAUCAGUCCGUGCCAGUGAAUGGAUUACACAGCGACAACGACACAUCUCAGGGCUCAGAGUCCGAGUCGGUCAAUGGGCCGGGGCGGGACAGCGGGCUGGCGUCUUCUCGCCUGGAGGCGUCCGCCACCUUACCUGGCAGAGGGGGAGCGGACUCGGACGCAGAAUGUAUGGAGGGGAUGCUCUGCCGAAAGCAGGAGAUGGAGUCCCACAACAAAAAGGCAGCUAGCAGAUCCUGGCAGAACGUGUACUGCGUCCUGAAGAGAGGAUACCUCGGUUUCUACAAAGACAACAAGAGUGUCAGCAGUGGCAUCCCGUACCACGGAGAGGUGCCCUUCAGCUUGGAGGAGGCCGUGUGUGAAGUAGCCAACGACUACAAAAAGAGGAAACACGUGUUCAAGCUCAGGCUUGAAAACGGGAAAGAAUAUCUAUUCCAAGCUAAGGAUGAGGUGGAAAUGAAUUCCUGGAUACAAUCCAUCCGGCGCUCCAUCCCUACAGGAUCCCAGGACUCGCCCGGAGGCCCGCGGGCGCUCAGCCGUGCUAUGACGAUGCCCCCCAUCUCCCCGAGCUCCGGCGAAACCGGCAGCGUCACCCUUCGCAACAAAGACGGCAAAGAAAAGGACCGCGAGAAGAGGUUCAGCUUUUUUGGAAAGAAGAAAUAAAACACUUGGCAACAUAAAAAAAGGGACAGAAAUGAAAAUGCACACAGGUUACAGAAACACACUGCUCUCAGUGCAAGGCCCUGAGGAACCCCCACACAGAAAACUCCUGUUUUCCUUUUCUCUUCUUUGAUUCUCUCCUUCUGCGUUGUUCACUCAGUCCAUAUUUCACCUGUGUCUGCAGUCUUCUCCAACCCUGAGAAUCUGUUUCAGACUAGCUCGUCAGUCAGAGUCAGUGACGGCGUGGUUGUUCAGCAGCUCAGCUCCGGUCCACCAACUACUCCUCCGUGAGUCUUAACUAGAAGACGCCGGACGCCGGCCCGCUCUUCCUAAACGAACCGCUUCACUCAUCUCUUCUUACGUUCUUGGUUUUGAUGUUAAUAUUCCACUUAAUAUUCUUACUAUUUAUAUUUUGCAAUUGUUGGUUUGAAACAAACAAACUAACUGGUAGAUAAUCUUGGCGGAUGUUGUGGAAGAAAACGAGUUUGUAUCCAGUAGUGGAAGACAUUGCGCUUAUUACCCUUAUACGUGUUUUUCUUUCUUUUUUUGGAAGGAAUGUUUUUGAGGUUUUUCACAACCAAACUAAAGCUCAGUUUAUAGCUGUGUGCAUUAAGUUUCAUUGGAAAAAUGUUAUAUAAAUAUUUAAUAAGUGGUUUCAUUUUUAUUUUACCUCUAAUUUUGCCUGUUUUUGAUUUUUGAGUGAUUUUCUUUUCUGCUUGAUUUUCAGCUUUUUUCUGUACAAAGCAGAGAUUAGUUUUCUAGUGUGUGAGCGUGUGUGUGUGAGUUGUGGUGCUGUGGAUUUUUGCAUGUUUAUUUGUUCUUUAUCAUUCACGGUCAGACGGUUGGAGCUUUCCUUUUUCUUUUUUUAAGCGCUCAAAUUCUGACCCAGACCAGAUAAACACAAAUUCAAAUCCUAAUCCUCCAAAUUUUUUUUCUUGCAGUCAUAAAAAUCACGUUUUUUUUUUUUUUUUAAUUUCCUGGUGUGAGGGUUUGUGGGCGGUCUGUAGAUAAUUUUAAAAGCCUUUUAUUUUUUUCAAAGCAGGCAGCAGAGAUGCAGGAAAAGCGAUGAUCAGCUGACAGAUCAGGUUACAGGUGAAGUGAGUGAUGUGGAAGUGAUGCUGGAUGGGCGGUGAGGAAUGCACACAUUUACCCAGAAUCUUUAUUUUUGAUUUUCUUCCACAACCCCACCUCUAUGAAACUGGUCUCAAAGGAAGUGUUCUUAUAGUCAAAUGUGAAUGUUCUAUAUGUGCAGUUUGGCAAUGUCCCAGUAUAUGUCAGUGAGAUUCUGAACAUGUGGGAAGCUCUGCACAGAAGCGAUGGCAGAUAAGAAAAAGGUGUGAAUUUUUCUUGAAGAGCUUUUUUUUUUUUUUUUUUUGCUCUUGGCAUGACAUCAGUUUAGACAUGUUUCUGUCCAAUCAUUGCCAUCUGCUGUCUUCUUCUUCUAAAGAGAGAACACCUCAAGAAUUCAGUCAUUUUUUUAAAGCGCUUGCCAGUUUUAAAGCCUGAAGGUUUAGUCAGUCAGCUCAACACUUUCUUUAUUUCUUCAAUGAUCUCAUGCUAUACAUAUUUAAUGAUAAAAAGGGCAUAAACACUAACUUGUGAAUGUAGACUACGGCAUGAUUUCACUUCCGAAUCGCGUGAGGAAGCAGCAGAAUUCCGAAAUCUGAUCAUAUGUUGGUGUUAAGCGAAUGGAUGUUUGAGAGUUUCCUCAUGGGAAUGUGGGGACCGCUGAACUGCCGGCCUUAAAUUUCCCCCUUCCCGCUCAGUUUAAAGAAUCGAAGAAGAGACGUGUCGAAAUGUCCACGCGGACGAUGUUGACGUUUGGGUCAGUUGGCGGCGCCGCUCUCUCUAGACGUGCUCGGACUUGCUCCGUCUGCAGGGGGGUUUAGCGUCCCAGGUGUUUUAACAGAGCUCCUGGUUUCACUUUUGCACCUGCAGCUCAGAUGCAACGUGGAAGCCGGCGCCGUUUCAGACGGAGAGGUCAUUCCUCCUCCUUUGACCUCAGUCGAUGGCGGCACUCGGAGGUCACACGGUUUUCCUAACAGCUCAUUGAAUGUGAACAAUUUCAACUACUUUGGCCAAAUUGGUCACAUGAAGCAAAAACAUUUCUGGUACUUGACAUACUCUCCACAGGCUCUGGAUAGACCCUCACGCAGUAGUACAGCCUUCUGACCCUGGCAGCCCGGGGCUUGCAGGAGCGCCCCCAGCUGGCUGUGAUGUGAUGUUGCAUCAUUUUGAGUCACUUUGGUGCUCCUGGUAAUCUUCAACCACAAAAUGGGAAGUAUCAAUGUCAGAGACAUCAGUUUGUGGUUCUACUUCAUGAAGAAAACAAAGCCGCUUUUCCAUGUGUAGUGGUAGAUUUGAGUGAAAACAGACUGGUGGGGUUUUGAGCUUCCUAUUUUAGAAGAAGACGGGAUCUUUUCUUGUAUUUUUUUUCUUCUUCAGUGGUCUGUCUUGCAGCGUUUAAGAAGCCUGUCCUCCCUUCAUCCCUCAUUCCUUUGGACAAAUGUAUGUUCCUACUCUGUGAUUCAUAGUUGGUACUAUCAUUACUAUUAUUAAUGCUAUUAUGAUCAUUAUUGCUACUAUUGUUACUACUGCUGUUACUAAUGCGAUUUAUUGCAAAAAUCUCAACUGCUGUCCAUUUUCAGGUAUGUGUCUGUUGAAGCAGACCCUUCCACAUGAUGUCAGUGUGCUGUGGAGCAUUUUCAUUACAAAUUAAAACUGUUUGUUGACUUGUGUAUCUACAUCUAAUAUUAGGAAUAAUAAAAAAAAACGGUUUAAUCAAA